ACAUCAGCACGAGCUGCUACGUUUGCAAGUGAGAAUUUUACCGAGAAAAUCGUUUUAUUUCUGGGUUUCUCUCGUUAAAUCAUUCGAAAAUUGCAUAUUUCAAACAAUUUUCCAUCUAUGCAAAGUGAAUCCAUUGCAAAUACUCAAAUAUCGAGUCAGUUACAAGUGUAAACACCAUUUGUCUGGCCUGGAAAAAAUAGUCUUAGUUGGUUUAGCUAACAUUACGAAAUACCCCCGGAACGGUGAUUCCCGCAUCCAGUAAGUUUCCUCAGGAGGACAAGCUUACCGCGAUGGCCGAUCUACCGAAAAUCUCCCGCUCGAUGCGGGCCAGCACAGAUCUGGACAUCCGUCGCGAACUCGCCAACCGGCCCGAAGAUCGCCCCACUCUGCAGAUGUUUCGCAGCAAAGAGGCUAAGAGUGGUGUUUCAUGGAAGGAACUGAAGCUGUUCAUCAACCAAAAAGUGGAUGCAACGGAAGCAUCAAUAUUAACCAAUAAGUUGCGCGAGCUUUGGAAUCACUGCCGGGAGAUGCUAGGCACCGAGGAAAAUGCCGUCCUGGUGGAUGAAGCAGCCAUCUUCAUCCUGCGAUUGUUCCUGGAUCAGAAGAUUGUCAUGCUGAAGCAUACCUCCCGCAUCAAGAAGAUGUUCGGCCAGGUCCCGAAUUCGUUGAUCAAUAAGAUGUGCAAGCUUGCUAAUGAAAUGAGCAAUCAUUUGAAUGAAGACUGUCGAAAGUAUCUCGUGGAAACAGAGAAGGAGAACCAAGACUGUAUCGUGGCCGUUUGGGGAGGACAUAUAAAAUGUCACAUGCCAGACAAUCUCAGCGGAGACUUUAGCUUGCUAACGGACUUAUCUCCUAUGCAACCAGCUGAAACGAAAUCUGCCGUGAAAUUUUCGAUGAAGUACGACAACAAAAAGCACGACCAACAACAGCCGCAACCCGGACCAAGUUCCUCUAAGUCAGCGGAUGAAAAGUACACCCGAAGCUGGCUAGCGAAACAGAUGUCACCGGAUCUGAUAGAUAAUUUGAUUGAGCUGCUCAAAUGUGGUAAAUCGAACGAUGAACUACAGGGUGAACUGGUAGAUUUCUUGGGCUUCGAUAAGUUUGAACUGAUCGAGGAGGUACUCCAGAAUCGGAAAAUAAUCAUAGAGCGAGUCAAAGCUAUGUCCCAGAUUAAUUUGUUCAAAGAGAAGGCCACCAAGAAGCUGGAGGCGAUGCAGCAUGCACCUUCCUAUCUUAUGCCGGUCAUGAUCCAAUCAGAGUCGGAAAAGCAACUGCGAAAGCAGGUCAACAAAGAGGAGAAGAAACUGAAAAAGUUCCUCAAUGCGGUGGGCGGAGAGGAAGAGGACGAAGAACUGGACCCCAUGAAGAUGAGAAUGAAUUAUCAACAAAGCUUGCUGAUGGCAGCCCAGAUGGCCCCACUUUUGGAUGACAGGCCUCCCAAAACGGUGGCUCCGAAACCUCCCAAACAGAUUAAGUACCCGAAUGUCUUCGAUUCCUAUAGUGAGGCUAAAUCGCACAUCGGGUUCAUUGCUGGCGGAAAGCUAAUGCUGCCGGACAACGUUGAGCGGAAUGAUACCAAAAUGUACGAAGAGGUCAAAAUCCCUGCCACCGAUCCACCGCCCCUGUCGAUUGGGAAUAAUCGAAUUCUGGUCAGUUCCAUGGACGAAAUUGGACAAAUAGCUUUCAAGGGUUGUAAAGAGCUAAAUAGGAUACAGACCAUAGUCUACCCUGCGGCCUAUCAUAGCAACGAGAAUCUUCUGGUCUGCGCUCCAACCGGCGCUGGUAAAACCAACGUAGCCAUGCUGACAAUUUUGCAUACUGUCCGGCAGUUUGUAGACCAAGGCGUCAUCCAUCGAGAUCAAUUCAAAAUCGUAUACGUAGCCCCCAUGAAAGCUCUGGCUGCGGAGAUGACCAGUAACUUUGGCAAGCGGUUACAACCCUUAGGAAUUUCUGUACGAGAACUCACCGGUGAUAUGCAGCUAACCAAAACUGAAAUGCAGCAAACGCAAAUGAUCGUCACAACGCCGGAAAAGUGGGACGUCGUCACCCGAAAAGGAGCUGGGGAUGUCGCCUUCAUUAGUCUCGUCAAGCUACUGAUUAUCGAUGAAGUUCACCUUCUUCACGGAGAACGUGGUCCAGUCGUGGAAGCACUAGUCGCUCGAACCCUCCGUUUGGUGGAAUCCUCGCAAAGUAUGAUCCGGAUCGUCGGUCUAUCAGCCACUCUACCGAACUACAUCGACGUUGCUCGAUUCCUACGGGUCAAUCCGAUGAUUGGCCUGUUCUUCUUCGAUUCACGCUUCCGUCCAGUUCCGCUCAGUACCAACUUCAUCGGUGUCAAAUCUCUGAAAGCUCUCCAGCAGAUGUCCGAUAUGGAUAUUAUCUGCUACGACCGCUGUAUCGAUAUGGUCCGCCAGGGUCACCAAGUGAUGGUGUUCGUCCAUGCGCGAAAUGCAACUGUGCGAACGGCGACUGUCAUCAAAGAAUUUGCCCAACAGAAGGGACAUAUCCAACUGCUAACACCGGAAAGCAGCCCGGACUAUGGCACUGCGAUGAAGGCGCUUUCCAAGAGUAGAAAUAAGCAGCUGGUAGAGCUGUUCCAAAGUGGCCUUGCAAUGCAUCACGCCGGAAUGCUGCGGCAGGAUCGAAAUUUGGUGGAGAAGUAUUUCGGCGAAGGAAUCAUCAAGGUCCUUGUCUGCACGGCCACCCUUGCUUGGGGUGUCAAUCUCCCGGCGCACGCAGUCAUCAUCAAGGGAACGGAAAUUUACGACUCCAAACACGGUACGUUUGUGGAUUUAGGUAUCCUGGAUGUGCUGCAAAUCUUCGGCCGUGCCGGUCGGCCUCAGUUUGACAAAAGUGGCGUGGGAACGAUCAUCACAACACAUGAAAAACUCAAUCACUAUCUGUCGCUGUUGACCAAUCAGUUCCCGAUCGAGUCCAACUUCAUCCAAUGUCUGGUGGACAACUUGAACGCUGAGGUGACACUAGGAACGAUCAGCAACGUUGAUGAAGCGAUCGAAUGGCUCAGUUAUACGUAUCUGUUCGUGCGGAUGCGGAUGAACCCCCAGUGCUAUGGACUGAACUAUCAAGAUCUACAGGAAGAUCCAACGUUGGAGCGGAAGCGUCGACAGUUGAUCAAUACGGCAGCAAUGGCGCUGGACAAGGCGCGGAUGUUAAGGUAUAAUGAACGAACAGGUGAUUUGAAUGUAACCGAUCUUGGGAGAACGGCUUCGCAUUUCUACAUCAAAUACGACACGGUGGAGGUGUUCAACGAGAUGCUGAAGCCCAUAAUGAACGAAGCGGACAUUAUAGCGAUGAUGUCCAACGCUCAGGAGUUUGAGCAACUGAAGGUUCGGGACGACGAGAUGGACGAGCUGGAUGAGUUGACGAAGAUUUAUUGUGAAGUUCCGGUUCGAGGAGGCAGUGAAAAUAUUCACGGUAAGGUAAACAUCCUGAUGCAGACGUAUCUAUCGAAGGGAUUUGUACGGUCGUUUUCGUUGAUUUCGGAUAUGUCGUACAUCACACAAAACGCGGUGAGAAUAGCACGUGCGCUGUUUACCAUCGUAAUUCGGCAGAAUAAUCCCAUCCUAGCCGGAAGGAUGCUGAACAUUAGCAAAAUGUUUGAAAAGCAGAUGUGGGAAUUUAUGACGCCCAUGUAUCAAUUUCCGAUAUUAUCAUUCGAUGUGAUCGAGAAAAUCGAGCAACGAGGACUCAGUGUUCUGGCUUUGAGGGAUAUGGAUCUGAUGGAGAUUGGUGAUAUGCUUCGGAAUCACCGGCAAGCGCAGGUUGUAAAGCGAUGCGCUGAAGAAUUCCCAUUGCUGGAAAUCGAGGCAUCUCUGCAGCCCAUCACCAGGACCGUUCUGCGAAUCCGCGUAUUCAUUACACCUGCGUUCAAGUGGAAUGAUCGCGUCCACGGUAAGACGGCAGAAUCGUUCUGGAUUUGGAUCGAAGACCCGGAGAGUAACUUCAUCUACCAUUCAGAAUACUUCCAAAUGACCAAGAAGCAGACCAUGCGACAAGAAGUACAAGAGUUGGUUAUGACCAUACCCCUGAAAGACCCACUUCCGCCACAGUAUUACAUCCGCGCAACCAGUGACACCUGGCUUGGAAGUUCCAAUCUCGUUCCACUUUCCUUCAAACAUCUCAUCCUACCGGAAGUACAUCCACCCCACACAGAACUACUUCCCCUUCAACCGCUGCCGGUGACCGUUCUGAACAAUCGAAAGUUCGAAGCGCUCUACAAAUUCACCCAUUUCAACCCGAUCCAAACGCAAAUCUUCCACUGUCUCUACCAUACUGACAACAAUGUCCUCCUGGGUGCCCCCACCGGAUCCGGAAAAACCAUCGCUGCCGAAAUCGCCAUGUUCCGGGUGUUCAAAACGCUCCCCAAAGGUAAGGUCGUCUACAUAGCGCCACUGAAGGCCCUGGUUAAAGAACGAAUCGACGACUGGAAGCAUCGUAUCGAGCAAAAAUUGGGUAAAAAGGUCGUCGAACUUACCGGUGACGUUACACCGGACAUCAAAGCCAUCAGGGAAUCGCAUGUGAUCGUUACAACCCCCGAAAAGUGGGACGGUAUUAGCCGAUCAUGGCAAACGCGUGACUACGUUCGAGAUGUCGCCCUGAUCGUGAUCGAUGAAAUCCAUUUGCUCGGAGAAGAUCGCGGCCCCGUUCUUGAGGUGAUCGUUUCUCGAACGAACUUUAUCGCUUCACACACCGAACGAACACUCCGCAUAGUAGGGCUAUCGACGGCCCUUGCCAACGCUCGAGAUCUCGCCAACUGGCUGGGCAUCGGAAUGAUGGGCCUGUACAACUUCAAACCUUCCGUUCGUCCGGUGCCACUGUCCGUUCACAUCCAAGGAUUUCCGGGAAAACACUACUGUCCCCGAAUGGCCACCAUGAAUCGACCUGCUUACCAGGCGAUUCGUCAGUAUUCACCAUGCACUCCGGCGUUGAUUUUCGUUGCGUCGCGUAAGCAAACACGCAUUACGGCGUUGGAUUUGAUUGCAUUCCUGGCCGGGGAGGACAAUCCGAAGCAGUUCCUGCACAUUCCGGAGCAUGAAAUGGAUCAGAUUCUGAUGAACAUAAAGGAUAACAACCUAAAGCUGACGCUGGCGUUCGGUAUUGGAAUCCAUCAUGCAGGUUUACAGGAGCGGGAUCGGAAAACGGCCGAGGAAUUGUUCCUACAUCGGAAGAUACAGGUGCUGAUUGCAACGGCCACGUUGGCCUGGGGAGUGAAUCUUCCGGCACAUCUAGUGAUCAUCAAGGGGACCGAGUUCUUUGAUGGAAAGCUGAAACGGUACGUUGAUAUGCCCAUUACGGAUGUGCUGCAGAUGAUGGGCAGAGCUGGUCGACCGCAGUUUGGAAACGAGGGAAUCGCGUGUGUGUUUGUGCAUGAUGUGAAGAAGAAUUUCUACAAAAAGUUCCUGUACGAUCCAUUCCCAGUGGAAUCGAGCCUGCUGGAGGUACUACCGGAUCAUGUGAAUGCGGAGAUUGUGGCUGGAACCGUUCAAACGAAGCAGGGUGUGCUCGAUUAUCUCACAUGGACGUAUUUCUUCCGGCGACUGUUACGCAAUCCGGCUUACUAUAAUUUGGAAGACGUUGAGCAGGCUCAAGUCAAUUACUUUUUAUCGACGUUGGUGCAAAAAGUGCUGGAUACUUUGCUUCGGGCGGGAUGUAUUGAGAUAGCUGACGAUGAACGAGGAUUGAUUCCGACGUCGAUGGGACGCAUAUCGUCGUACUACUACAUGUCGCACCAGAGCAUGCGACACUUUGCCGAUCGGAUGAGCCGCGACAUGAACUUCGAAGAGCUUCUGCGUGCGAUGGUGGACGCCUGGGAGUUUGAACAGCAACCUGUGCGGCACCAUGAAGAUGUAUACAAUACUGAUCUAGCCAAGUUGUGUCGGCUGAAAAUCGAUCCGCUGUCCGUGGAUAGUCCGCACACUAAGGUGUUCCUACUUAUGCAGGCUCAUCUCUCUCGUUUGCCACUACCGAAUUCUGACUACGGAACAGAUACGAAAUCCGUUCUGGAUCAGUCCAUACGUAUCAUUCAGGCUAUGAUUGACAUCACGGCGGAACGAGGCUGGCUGGUGAGCACCCUUGGAAUCCAGCAACUAAUGCAAUGUAUCGUUCAAGCUCGUUGGAUAGACGAUUCUGUGGUGAUGACACUCCCAAACGUCGAACCACACAACGCUCACGUGUUCAACCACAUUAAACUGGAUCACCCAUUCCUAACUCUUCCAGCACUGAAGGAAAAAUGUCACCGAAAGUACGAAAACCUUGCCGGUCCGUUGAGGCAGGAGUUUGAAGAACCGGAGAUUGAGCAAAUCUACAAAGUCAUCUGCUCACUCCCCGCCAUCAACGUUCAACUCGCAAUCCGUGGCCCGUGCGGUAACGAGCCGAGUUUGGACCGUCCGGUGGUACAACCACAAACCCGCGAAACCUGGAUGGAGAUCUACGCCGAUCAGGAAUAUGUACUGAACGUUCAAAUGAUACGGUUGGGCAGUUUCGAAUCGUUACACAUUCACUGUCCCAAAUUCCCUAAGGGCAAAGACGAGGGUUGGUUCCUUACGCUUGGUCACCAAGCGGAAGCGGAAUUGAUUGCUAUGAAGCGAUGUGUCUACCGUAGCAACAAGAGUUCGCAUCAGCUGUGCUUCAACGCGCCGAACCGAUUAGGUCGCUGUAUUUACACCGUGUACCUCAUGUCGGAUGGCUACAUCGGAUUGGACCAGCAGUACGACAUUCACUUGGAGGUGGUCGAGCCUCCGCGGAACGUACAGGAAUCAAUAGCAGGGGAAUGUGAUGCCGACUAUUACUCGUUGUUCAAAGAUAAACUGUGAGCUUCUGCUAAUACUAUUAUUCCACUUGAAGUCUUAUGAAAAAUCGUAAGCAUUGACGCACUAAUUAAAAAUGUGUUUUGUACACUGCUUCCGUAUAAUACGAUACCCGUAUACAGUGUAACAGGAGGUAAGUGUAUAAUUUCAAUGCCAUUUGUUGAUGUUUAGCCAAUAAAGC